AUGUUUUGCCGUGACACGCUCUGCGACACGACGCCGGCUGUCACAGACUUCCUCAACGGCCUCUCCGCCGUUGCGAGUAAGUCGCCCUGCAGCGGCGACGGCGCACUAUCAGACGGCCAUAACGCGCAGAGCCGCAUGCCUGUUAUGGGUCAUGUUUUCCUCACCGGUCUGCUCUGUGUCUCGAGGCUGGCACGCAAGCGACAGCUUCUCCUGAAGCGCCUCAAGCAGUCAGCCCUACCGCCGAGGGCGUCUGCAACGCCGUCGAUGGAAGACGUCGCGGUGCAGUCCCCUUCCGCAGCAGCAGACGCAGGCGAUACGGUCUUUGUGCGCCUGGUGCUUUCUCUCCUCGGGCACACACUGAUGAAGCAGGCAACCACGGCACCAUGCGCCGCCUCCCCAGGCGACAAUGCCUCUCCGCAAGCAGCGCCACUGCCGUGGUGGCCCGCAACCUCCGCCCCAAGUGAAAACGCGGAAGAUGUCGUGUAUGAUGUUCAGUGCGUGGGCAACGAAGACGACCACGCCGGCGACAACGUCGGGUUCAGUGAGGAACAUGCGCCCGGGGUGGGCCACAUGCUCUUCACCGCCAGCACAAGCGUUCAUUGCCGUAUCGUCUUGCGUUCUCAUCCGGUGGCCAUAUUUUCCCCGGCGAUGAUGAGUGAGUUAGCGCUGGACGCUGAGCAGCGCGCGUCCGUCGCAUCGAGGACCUGGUGCCACGGCGGAGCGCCAGGCACUGACAGCAGUGAGGCCGUGGAUGCCGAAGCGGACGCUGGCUCGUGCGUUGCGCGUGCCUUGGAGGUUUUCGACGCGUGCGUGCGCGACCACGAGGAGGCGUGCCUGCGUCAGAUCGCUGAGAUAGUAGGGUCGCUGCAGCGGCUUCUUGAGAAGCCCGCCACGGAAGUGCAGAGCCCCGGCGGGCUGGCCAGUACAGGCUCACCUUCUGACAGCGCGAACGCUAGCGCCUCUCGGCUUGGCGGUUGCGCCUCGCCACUCCACGAGUGGACCAUAGACGUCCCCAUCUAUGGUGUGGUGCUUUACAUCGAGGACACGCAUGCUACUCGGCUGGAGCGCGUACGCCGCCUCACCACACCGCUGCUGCAGGCGGCGACCGGCUGCGGUAACGCGGCAGGCGGGCCUCUCGGUCCCGUAACACAGGUCCUUUCCAAGCUUCACACCUGGUGUGCUGCAUGGACGGCGGCGUCGUCCACCUCGAGUACGUCCCCUGGCGCUUCUUCUUGCACCCCCGGAAUACGGACUAUCACACUCAUGCAUGUGACGGAGUUGCGCCAGCUCGUUGACAGCCAUCUCAAGAACUCACAGACAGCAGCAGCGCGUCUGCCGGGGCCGGCCAACCCCGCCACCGUGGGUUACGACGUUUCGCAGGCUUUGGCGGCUCCUGCGUGCGUCGUGCACUGCCAGCUCGGUGUGUCACGCAGCCCAAGCGUGGUGAUGCUCUUCUACAUGGACGUGCUCGCGCCACAGCUGCGCGCGGCCGCCUCAGCAGCAGAGGCGCCCCUCAACAUAUUUCACGGCCUCCUGAACGCGCUCGUCCAGGCACGUCAUCGAGUACGGCCGAACGUGUGCUUCUCCGCGCAGCUGCUUUCGCUCUGGAGACGGUUGAUGCAGCUCGACACACCAGCCAGCCCCACGCGAGUCGUGUAG